AUGCUUUUAACAAUAUUUAUCUUCUUCUAAUUAUACUAAUGUGAAUGGAGAUUGAUUUAUAGCAAUUACUACUCUGAAAGCCUUAAUUCGAUAAAUGAUUGGGAUUUUAAAUAAAAUUGCUCAGUCAAUUAAAUAGAAGGAUCAUCAAAAAAACAAUGUGGUACUAAUCCUCUCGAAUUUUUGAGAUUAAAAGACGAUAGAACAAAAAUUGAAAAAAUAUUUUACUACCCUCACUACUCUAUCAGAAUAUUGACUGACGUAAUAUAUUUUAGAUCUCUUCCAGGAGCAAAUUCCUAAUUUAAUAUUUUCCUUGUAGAUAGUACUAGUUCUUCUUCAAUAUUUCAAAGACAAUAUUAAUAGAAUGAUUUAUAAUAAUAUGAAAAAGUCUGCUCCUAUUCAUGUGGAGGAGGAGGUGGUUGUAGUAGUUUAGAUGAUAAAAGAGUUGAAAUAAAAACUAUUGCGUUAGAUUCAAUAGUUCAUCAUCAAUCUAUUUUUAAUAUAUCAUAUUGUUAUAUGUAUAAAGAUAGUGAUAUGAGAAUUGGAUUGAGAAAUAUUUUAAUAUAUGUGAAACCAUGUCAUUUCUCAUGUUUAUCAUGUUCUGGAAAUACCGAAUAUGAUUGCUUGACUUGUUAUUAAGGAACUCUACAAGGAGGAUUGUGCCUUUGUGAUGAGUAAAAUCAUUUUGUAUAACUGUUAACAGGGUGUGUAUAAGAAUGUAAUCGAGAUUAUUAUUUAGCAGAUUCGAAAAAUUACUGUUAAUUUGAUUCAAGUAAAUACAUUUUAUAUAAAUUAGGAAUUAAAUCAAAAGAAAGCUAUUUUACAUCAAAUUCCCUAACAAAUAUAGAUUUAUUACCAUAUUAUCCUUGGAUAUUUAUUCCUGAUCCAUUUUAUUGGAGAAACUAAGAAAUGCUAUUAUCUUGUGGGGGAAUAGAUCUGAUUGGAUAAUUCAUGAAUUACGAAGCAAUUUAGUUAGAAUUAUCAGAAAAUAAAGCAUUGAAGUUUAUAAGAAUAAGAAUAUCUAUGUACUUAAAUGGUUGGGAAAGCGAUUCAUAAAUGAGUAUAACAGUAGAUUCAUUUUCUAGGGCUUCUAUAAAAAAAACAGCUACAAAUUAUACAUUUUCUUCAUCAAGUUUAUUGUAUUAUAGCAGUUUAAGUUGUUUGGGAGUUAAUUAUGAUUUAAUUAGAAUAGAAGCAGUUUUAAAAACUUACUCAAGUAGUCCUGUAAUAAGAUUAUAAGCAAUCACAAAAUUAUAAACAGAAAUUUGGGCCUUUAGAAAUAUUACAAUAGAUUAUGGAUUAUGUUAAAGCAAUUGUACUGAAUGUGAAACCUAUUCUAGAUGUUUAACAUGUGAUUCUGGAUAUUAAUUAUAUAGAGGUACUUGUGUUGAUAGUUGUCCAAUAUAUUCAAUUUUAUUAUCUAAUGGAACUUGCUAAGAUUAUGAAGACAUAAUUGAAAGUACAUUAAAUAACUUAAUAUAUUUAGAUAGUAAAUAUUUGAUAAAAGCAUUUUAUGAUAUGAAUACAACACUUGAUAAUCUUGGAGAUAUUGUAGAUAACUUUACAGAUUUAAGUAAUGCAAUAUAAAGUUCAUUUACUGGUCAAAUAUUUUCUUUUGUUCCAAAAAAAUGGGUUUUAGGAGGUGUACUUGUUUGGAGAUCUGGAAAAUAUAAAAAAUCCUUUUAUUCACUUCUUCCACAUUAUAAAAUAAGUUAUAGAUUAAAUUUUACUUAUGGAGAUGAAAAUAGCGGAUGGUUUUAAUAUAAAUUUGAUUCAUACUAAUCAAGUUAAAUAACAAAUCCAAAUACAGGAUCUUAUAAUUCAGUUGGAGAUAACAAGAAAGAAACUACAAUUUAUCAUGAAUUACUUUAAUAAUCACAUGUUAGUAAUUAAUUAGAUAUAGAAUUGUCUGCAAACACAAAUAAAGCAAAUUUAGAAGAUGCUUUUAUGUAUAUAUCAGAAUAUUUUGUAAUUGUCCAUUAUGUAUAAUUUAAAUAAAUUAUAAGUGUGCACCUUUUUGUAAUGUAUGUCAUGGGCCAACAAUAUAAGAUUGUGAUUCAGGAUAUAGUGGGUAUAAUUCUACAAAUUAUUGUGGCUCAAAUUAAUAUUUAAGUUUUGAUACAAGUACUUCUAUCUAUUCAUGUUAAACAUGUUCAUAAAAAGGAUGCAUUGAAUGUGAAAGCUAAACAGUUUGUACUAGAUGUGAAUUUUCGAACACUAACUAAUUUUAUUUAGAUUAAGGCUAAUGUUUAUGCUAUCCUUCAGCCUUUUUGUCAAAUACAUAAUGCAUAAGUAAAAAUAAAUAAAUUUUAAUAAGAAUGUAAUAGAUACUGUGAAAGUUGUUUUGGUUCAAAUAGUAAUUAAUGUUUUAGUUGUGUAACAGAGUUUCAUAGAUCCGUACUUAAAUUUGAAUGUAAAUGUAUUGAUGGAUACUAUGACGAUGGAUAUAAUCUGCAAUGUUUACCAAUAUGCGGUGAUUAAUAAAUAGUAGAUGGUGAAGAUUGUGAUGAUGGUAAUGAAAAUCCUUUUGAUGGUUGUCAUUAAUGCAAAUUUGAAUGCUAAGAAGAGUGUUUGAAUUGUUAAAAAGGUAAUUGUUAUUUGUGUAAAGAUAAUUACAUUUUAAUAGAAUCUAUUCAUAAAUGCAAAAAUAAUUGUGGAGAUUAAAUUAUAGUUGGAAUUGAAUAAUGUGAGGAUGGAAAUGAAUAUCCAUAUGAUGGUUGUUAUCAAUGUUAAUUUUAAUGUUAUGAUCAUUGUUUAAAUUGUUUCUAUGGAAUAUGUUUAGAAUGUGAUUAAUAGAAUGGAUGGUAUUUAACUGGAAAUAAUUGUGAACCAAUAUGUGGAGAUCAUAUAGUUGUUUAUGGUCAAGAAGAAUGUGAUGAUGGCAAUUUUGAUCCAUUUGAUUUAUGUGAUGCUUGUGUCUUAAGUUGUUCAGAAUUUUGCGACUCUUGUAAUUUUGGUAAAUGUUUGAAAUGUAAAGAUGGAUUUCAAUUUAUCUCAAUCAUUUAAAAAUGUAUCCCUAUUUGUGAAGAUUUUUAAAUUGUUGGAUAUGAAUAAUGUGAUGAUAAUAAUUUUGUUAUUUUUGAUGGAUGUUAUUAAUGCUAAUUUUAAUGUGAAGAUUAAUGCACGAAAUGUUAAUAUGGGAAAUGUUACGAAUGUAAUCAAAAAGGUUGGACAAUAAAUUUAUCUACAUAUAGAUGUGAAUCAAUUCUUGAUGAUAAUAUUUUAGGUGAUGAAUAAUGUGAUGAUGGCAAUACUUUACCAAUGGAUGGUUGUUAUUAAUAAUAUUAUGAAUGUUAAGAUUCAUGUAGUGAAUGCUAUUUAGGAAUUUGUUUAGUUUGCUAAUAAUAUUGGCAAUUAGAUAUUUAUACUCACUAAUGUUUUCCUAUAUGUGGAGAUGGAUUGACUACUGGCAAUGAAGUCUGUGAAGAUGCUAAUUCCUAAAUUUAUGAUGGAUGUUACUAAUGCUAAUUUUAUUGCGAUUUACAUUGUUAGUUUUGUAAUCAAUCUGGUUGUUUAAUUUGCAAUCCUGGAUAUACAUUAAUUAAUAAUCAUUGUAUUGAAAUAUGUGGCGAUGGCAUUAUUGUAGAAUAAGAAGAAUGUGAUGAUCAAAUUAAUAUUCUAGAUUAAAUUUGUUAUCAAUGUAAACUUACAUGUAAUAUUGGAUGUCAAACAUGUGUUCUUGGAAUUUGUGAAUAAUGUUAAGUAGGAUAUUUUCUUUCAGAUUUUUAAUGCUAAUCCAUUUGUGGAGAUAAAUUUAUUGUUAUUUCUGAAUAAUGUGAUGAUGGCAAUUAAAAUCCUUAUGAUGGUUGCCAUUAAUGUUAAUUUUAAUGUUAAUAAGAAUGUUUAAAUUGUUAGUUUGGAAAAUGCUAUGAUUGCUAGGUAUAAUAUUUAGUUGAUAAUUAUUAAUGUACUGAAAAAUGUGGUAAUGAGGCUAUAUCUAAAAAUGAAUAAUGUGAUGAUGGUAAUUUUGAUCCUUUUGAUGGAUGUUAUAAUUGUUUAUAUUCUUGUGAUGAAAAUUGUUAAAAUUGUUAAUCAGGCUAUUGUAUUCAAUGUAAAGAUUAAUGGUAAAUCAAUCCUAUCAAUCUUAUAUGUUAACCAUUUUGUGGUGAUAAGGUUAUUUUAGGUUAUGAAUAGUGUGAUGAUGGAAAUGAUAUUAGAUUUGAUGGAUGUUAUGAAUGUUAUUUCGAAUGUUAAGAUGUUUGUACUAAAUGUUUUGAAGGAGAAUGUUAAGAAUGUGAUAUUGGAUGGGAUUUAAUAGAUAAACAUUGUUAUUCUAUAUGUGGGGAUCUCUUAAUUGUUGGAAAUGAAUAAUGUGAAGAUGGCAAUGAUAUUCAAUUUGAUGGAUGCUAUAAUUGUUAAUUUCAAUGUGAAGAAGAAUGUACAUUUUGUAACAAAGGAAUUUGCUAAGCUUGUGAUAAUUUGGGAUGGACUUUAGUAAAAAAUAAUUGUUAUCCAAUUUGUGGAGAUGGAAUAGUAAUAUCACCUUUUGAAUAAUGUGAUGACAGAAACUAAUUAUAAUUUGAUGGUUGUUAUGAUUGCAAUUUUUAAUGCUAGGAAAUAUGUGGUGAAUGUAUAGAUGGAAAAUGUAAUAAAUGCACUGAAUUAGGAUGGUUAGUAUAAAAUUUUAUUUGUGUUCCUUAUUGUGGAGAUGGGCUGAUAGUUGGGGAUGAAUAAUGUGAUGAUGGAACAAUAGUUACCAAUUCAUGCAUUAAUUGUAAAUUGGUAUGCGAUUCUUUCUGUAUUGAAUGUGUUUCUGGUGUUUGUAAUUAAUGUGAUAUUGGCAGAUAUUUAGAUAAUAAUUAAUGUAAGUCUUUAUGUGGAGAUGGUAUAUAUGUCAAUGAAGGUUGUGAUGAUGGCAAUCUUGAUAAUGGAGAUGGAUGUUCUGAUAAUUGCAAAGUUGAAAAAGAUUGGGUUUGUAUUAACUCUAUGUAUAUGAUUAGUACAUGUUUUUAUUCCGUUUCUCCUUAAAUGAAACUUGAAUUAAUAACUAAAAAUCCUGAGAAUGUUGAAGAAGUGUUAAUAACUUUUAAUCAGCCAAUGCUUCUUAAAUAUAAUGAAAGUUACGAUGCAAAUCAUUAUUUUUAAGGAAAUAUAACAAAUUUGGUUUUUGAAUAAUAUUCGAUUAAGUUUAAUUUUAAAAAUCAGCCAGAAUAUUAAAAUGCUAAAACUAUUGAAGUAAUAGCCACUGUCACAUUUUAUGAAAAUAUUAUUGACCCUGUUUUAAUUGUUAUUUUCGAUGAAACAGGCAUUGUCUCAGAAUACUAAACUGUUGUUCUUGAGAAUGAAUAAUAGCUAAAAUUAAAAACUCCUAUUGUGAUAUCUUAAAACAUAUUAUAAUCUUCGUAGAGUGCAAAAUCUUUUACAAAUACAAUAAUAUAUUUUAUGAUUGCUUUGUCAGCUUUAUGUGUUUUGACUGGCUCUUUUGAAAUGUUUUGGAAUUUAAUGGAUUUGCUACAAUAUUUAUCAUACAUAAAAUAUGUAAACAUUCAAUUUCCAACUAAUCUAAAUAUAUAUUUCGAAGUUUUUAAAUUGAUAUCUAUCUAACCAAUAAUGGAUGCAACUGGAAUUAGUGCUCUUUUUAGUUUAUUAGAUGGAAAUGAAGAAUAGGUUGUUUAAACAUCUGAAAAAUUUUUAAUGGAUGAGAUAAAUGGAUAUUUUUAUACUAAUUUUUAGAGCUCAAUUUUUUGUUUUUUUGGUUUAUAUAUGGGGUUCUUUUUUGCAAAAAAUAUGACCUUAUUUCUAUAUCGAAUAGGUCCUUACCAUAUAUCUAAAAUUGGUUAUUAUGCUGGAAAAAUCAUUUAUGUUUUGAGAAAUCUUUUUAGAUAAAGCUAAAAAGAAUUUUAUUAUAAUGGGAUCCUUAGAAUGGUCAUGUCUAAUUAUUACGAUAUUAGCUUUUCCGUAUUUUUAUAGUUAAUAAAUUUCAAUACUAGUUCAUUAAUUUUGAGCAUUAAUUCUUAUGCUGCAUUAUUAGUUUUUUGCUUAUAAAUAGUAUUUUUCUCAUACAUGCUUACAAAAUAAAUCUCAUUUUCCAAAGAAACUACAGUCUCAAAAAAAGAAUAAUAUUCUGCCCUUUUUGAUGGAAUAUCUCAAUCAUAAAAUAUUUGGGUGAUACAAUAUAAUACAAUUUUCCUUUUAAAAAGAUAAUUUUUUAUAUUCUUAAUUGUUUAUAUGGAAUAUAAUGGAACUUUGUAAGCAAUCUCGAUUGCAUUUAGUUAGACAAUAUUUUUAAUAUAUGUUUGCAAUCUUAAACCACUAAGCAAUUUAUAUGAAUAUUAUAAAAUUUUGGUUGCAGAUUCCUUUUUAGCUUUUAACACAUUAUUAUUUUUAAUUUAUGCAUAUAAAAAUUAGCUUAAUUUAUCAGUUGAUGAUUAAAUUUUGAUAGGAUGGUUUCAUAUAGCAAGUUUUAGUUUUAUCUUAGUUUUUUCUCUUUUAUGUGAUUUAAAACAAUAAGCAACUUAGAUUUAUAAUAAAAUAGUAACCCUAAUUGCAAGUAAAGCAUCUAUAAAGAAUUAAGACGGACCAAUUGUAUUUUAUUGA